AUGAAUGCCAGUCAGACAGAUGGUCAGGCACGGCAGGCCGAGAUGGUAUCGGCAAGGAACUCGGGCAUUAUAUUAUCCUGGAAUCAGAUUCCAUUUGAGAUCCGGCGACAGGCAGCGAUCCCAGUACGGCCAAAAAACCUCUCUGAGAUCAUUCUGCAGAUGCUGUGGAACAUGACAGAGCUACAUUUAUAUCUAGUAGGGAAUUCUCUGAACGACAGAACCAUGAGGGAAUAUACUCCAUUCUUCCAUAAAGGACACGUGAAGAUCCGUGACCAGGUUUGGGGCUUAUCCAUGGCGAAAGCAGUAUGCAGGGAGAACCUCAAGAGUAGAGAACAGCAUGGGCGACUUGGCUUAAAAUCUCGAGAGGAUAAUAAUGUGGGUCGAUGGACUAGCAGAUGGAUUGCGGCCGAUGCCCAUACGUACAGCAGCAACAAUGAUGGGAACAUGGGCAUGGAACCCGUGCCGGUACAAGGCGAACACCCACCUCGAGACUUUGUACGAGUUGGUGCAAACGGGGGGGAUGUGGAUAUAAAACCGCCCGUGAUAGGGGUCUCUUUAUCGAAAACUGAAACGCCGAUUCAUGAGGAGGCUGCGACCAUCUUCCUGCGCGGUCCCGCCAUGGCCAACGAAUGCCAGGACUUUGAGACACAACAGAUGGACUGCUUAUUCGUUCGCUCACGCGGAGCGCCUGGGCUAAGGUUUCGUGGGAGGGACGAUGUUCAUGAUCUGAAGUUCAAGUCUGUUGGUGGUCACCACGGAGAUAAGCCGGAGCGCUAA